AGUUGCGCAGCCGCAGACCGACAACACGGCAGGCGACUUGACGUUAGCAGAAAAUUCAACAACACUUUACCAGUCAAGAAUAAAAUUCAACUCCAGUUUGUCGCCACAAUGAAAGAUGUUAGCGGGUACCUCAAACAGCAGCAGAGCAAUAGCUCCACGCCGGAGAUGGCGGCGGAGUGGCACGCGUUGGAGGAUUUGUACAACAAAAGAUUGUGGCAUCAGCUGACUCUGAAGCUGACAGACUUUGUUAAAGAUCCUUGCUUCAAAACAGGAGAUGGCCUCAUACAGCUUUAUGAAAAUUUCCUGUGCGACUUCGAACACAGAAUCAAUCCACUGUCCCUGGUGGAGAUUAUACUGUACGUUGCCCGACAGAUGUCAGAUCCAAAAGAUGCUAUCACUUUUCUUGAGAAGACCAAGGAAAAGGUUAAGAGCAGCGAGGAAGCCGUCAUUCUCUGCAAGACGUCUAUUGGCAGCCUGAAACUGGAAAUCAAUGAUCUCCCUGCCACAAAGAAAAUCAUUGAAGAGGUCGAGGAAAUGUUGAAUAACUUGCCCGGUGUGACAUCAGUCCACGGCCGCUUUUACGACCUCUCCAGCAAAUACUAUCGCAUCAUUGGGAACCACGCCUCCUACUACAAGGACGCUCUGCGCUACCUGGGCUGUGUGGACAUCAAAGACCUUCCAGAGACAGAGAAGCAGGAGAGGGCGUUCACACUGGGACUGGCUGGACUCUUAGGCGAAGGAGUUUACAACUUCGGAGAGCUGCUGAUGCAUCCUGUGCUGGAGUCACUGAGGAACACAGACAAGCAGUGGCUCAUCGAUACACUAUACGCCUUCAAUGGAGGAAAUGUGGAGAAAUUCCAGGGCUUCAAAUCAGCCUGGGGCCAACAGCCUGACCUCGCAGCACAUGAAGCCAAACUAAUGCAGAAGAUCCAGCUGCUCUGCGUGAUGGAGAUGACUUUCACUCGUCCUGCGAAUCACAGACAGCUGACCUUCACUGAGAUCGCUCAGAGUGCCAAAAUCCCUGUUAACGAGGUGGAGCUGUUGGUGAUGAAGGCUCUGUCUGUGGGCCUGAUCAAAGGAAACAUCGAUGAGGUGGACCAGAAGGUGCAGAUGACCUGGGUGCAGCCCCGAGUGUUGGACCUGCAGCAGAUCAAAGGCAUGAAGGAGCGGUUGGACUUCUGGUGUGGCGACGUGAAGAACAUGGCCAUGUUGGUGGAGCAGCAGGCCCACGACAUCCUCACCUAAUCUGGUUUCACCUUCAAUCCACAGAGGGAGCCCUCAUAGAUACCUAUUCUUUGUAUUGUUUUUCCUUCUACUUGAUGUUCAUUCUUCUGUUACUGUCACUGUUUGUUGCCAAUCUGUAAAUUACACUGUGGCAUUUUACAAAUAAACAACUGUUGUAACAUUA